CUGUCUCACUUCCUGGAAGGGGAACCGAGCCCGGGCCAGCUGCAGUGGACAGCUGUCCAGCAUGGCCCUGGUGGGAGCCCUGGGAUUGCUGACCCUCUGGCCUCUGUGCCAGGCAGCCUCCACCCCCUCUGCUUCCUACCCCAAGCCGCGGCUGACGGCACAGCCGGCCGCCGUGGUGACCCCGGGGAUCAACGUGACCUUGAGGUGCCAUGCCCCGCGCCCAGCCUGGAGGUUCGCCUUCUUCAGGCUCGGAGAGAGUGUGUACGUGUCCUCGGACCUGGACGAAUUCUUCCUGGAGGAGGUGACGCUUGCCCAGGGCGGCGCCUACACGUGCAGAUACGGGCUGCCAGACCGGGGACCGAGUGUCUGGUCGCAGCCCAGCGACGUCCUGGAGCUGCUGGUGGCCGAGCAGCUGCCGCGGCCGUCGCUGGUGGCGCUGCCCGGGCCCGUGGUGGCGCCUGGGGCCACCGUGAGCCUGCGCUGCGCGGCCCGCGUGCCCGGCAUGAGCUUCGCGCUGUACCGCGCCGGCGAGGCGGACCCGGUGCAGUACCGCGACUCGGCCGAGCCCUGGGCCGACUUCCCGCUGGCCGGCGCCCACGCCCCCGGCACCUACAGCUGCUACUACCACACGCCACACAGGCCCUACGUGCUGUCGCUGCGUAGUGAGCCGCUGGAGGUGCGCGCCCACGCAGACCUGCACCCCCCGGACUACACAUUUGGGAAUCUCGUCCGCCUGGGGCUGGCCGGCCUCGUCCUUGCUGCCCUGUGCACACUGGUCACCCUGCAUUGUCGCAAUGCACGCCGUGCCCUGGGCCAGAGGCCCCCAGGAAGCUGGGUCUAGACCAGACACCUGUGUUCUGUCCGUGGUGCUUAGGAGGAGCACUGGGCACUAAGGGGCUCGUGGCCCUUGCAGGCCUUGCUCUCCCCGCAGGAGCACCGGGCGGCCUCUGCUCCCUCCCCGGGGGUGUCCACAGAGAGCUGCACGGGAAGUGGAGCUUACUCUGCCAUGCCACAGCACCCACCCCUCAGCGAUACAAUUUUGAUACAAUCGUACUUCUCUCCCUCCCUUCUUUUUCAACUUUUCCACAACAGCAUGUUUUUAAUGCAAAGAAUUCAACGAAGUAGAACGCAGCAGGACCACAAAUCCGAAAGCUGCAAAAGCUGCAGUCAGCAUGCUCCCUUUGCAUGCCCCCAACGCUCCCCGCACAUCUGCCAGCUGUCCGUAGGCAGGCCUGGGCUGGAAAGGCCAGGCCCCUGCCGCUCUUCGGAGCGCCCUGCCCGAUGCGGAGUGCUGGGUACCACACCCGGGAAGAUCCCGAGCAGGUGCACCUUAAAACGCGUGGAGGGCGUGGGAAGUCUCACCGUCCUGGGGAGGG